UCAGACAGAUAUGAUUUCAGCUGGUAAUCGCUAAGGAAGUUGGUUUCGAUCUGUAGUUCUAGGGACAAACUACAUCGGAAAGUAGUACGAUCCGACAGUAGUUGAAAAACGAGCAAGAAGACAGAACGAAGGAAAUUAAAAAGCGAAAUUUCAGAAUCUUCUGUUAGUUCAACCCAAAGCUAAGAAGAGAGUAAUACUACAACCCAGGAACCAUGGCAGGAUCUGUGCAGCUUGCUAACGGAGCUCGAUGCAUUUGUGGUAACAAUGAUGCGACUAAAUUCAGGCAUUACCUUGACCGUGACCGUGACCAUGAACAUUUGGGUUCAUUUUGUUUGAAAUGUGAGCGAGAAUAUGUAAAAGCCGAGUUCAUCCUGGAUGACGUCAAAAAAGACGAAGCUAACGUUCUCGAACUCGGUAAGGAGGAAUUCUACCAAGCUGAGAGGUUGGACACGACAGAUGGUGUUCACUUUGUACAUCCAAGAAAAACAAAGAUAGAAAGACUUGACUUGUUCGGUGAUUACCUAAAACCAGGCGAUCACAUAGCAUGGGAAAGACCGUACAUCAUUUGGCAUCACGCCUUGGUGUUAGACAUUGAUGUUGCAAACGGCAAGGUCCAAGUAAUUCAUUGGCACGGAGAAGGUAUAAGUAAAACUGGUGCCAUAAUCCAAGAACAGUGGAUCCAUUUGAAACAAGAAUCUGGAAUCUUGUACCGUAUGGACUAUGAAGAAGAUAUACUGAAAGAAAACCCUCUCAGGCUUGUAAUAGCAAGGGCUCGAUCGCGACUAGGAGAUGUUGGCUAUCGGUUCUUUGGAGACAACUGCGAGGCAUUUGUGACGUUCUGCAAAAAGGGGAUAAAGAAGAGUCAGCAGGUCGUCGCACUAAUGAAGUUGGUGAGUGACCAAGUAAAAAUGGUACUUGGCAACAUUCCAACAAAAAUCGUCACAAAAGGGCUUGCCAAGGCUUCUUUCGAAAAUAUAGGAAAGGUUGGCUCUGCAGAAGCUAUGGAAAAAGUUGCAAAAAACUGCCAAUGGGUUGGAUUUGGUCUAGUGGUUAUUAUAGAAGGAUGUUUGACGAUUUAUGAUUUGAAGAAGCUGUACGAUGCAAGAAAAGAUGGAAGUCUAUCAGGGAACGAGUUUAUGGAGCAAGUCUCCAAGCGGGUCACUGAAGCCCUAUGUGCAGGCGUCCCCGCAGCUUUUGGUGGAUUGGUAGCGGGUUGGGGAGGCAUCUUCGUUGGUAUAAUCUGUGGCACUGUUGGAAAACUCAUAGGUUCCCAGAUUGGCAAAUAUGUUGGCCGUGAAAUAACCAGAGUAAUCAGACCAAAUGACAGGGCGGUGGCUAGUAUUAAAGACUUGCACCUUGGAGACCAGAUUGUAUUUUAUGGUACUAUCGUCCAUCCAAGGCACCACUGUAUCGUAUUGUGGCAUGAAGAGGAAGAAAGCAAGGUUAACGUCAUCCAUAACACUUAUGAAUUUGGAGUAACACAGGAAUGGGUGAACUUUGUACCACCGUUUUACAAAGUCAGCUAUCAUGAAAAAGAAUGCUAUCCGCCCAAUGAAGUGUGCUCGAGGGCCAUCUCAAAGCUAGGUACGAAUGACUACAACUUGCUAACUUACAAUUGUAAGCAUUUUGCGGAGUGGUGCAAGAAAAGAUAAAGGAUCAGUGAAAAGAAUAAAAGAACUGCCUUUUUCAUUUUUAUUUGCUAAUUGAUGCCUUUGUGGAACUGAAGAGUAGGUGCGGUUUUGCAAGUAAACUGAGAUAAACAGAUUGACUGAACCUCUUGAUCUAGAGAACACAGACGGAGCCAAUAUGGAUGUACACCUCCCAAUUCCCGAGGAUCAAAAGAAAGCUAGUGCUGAAAUUUCGGAAUCAGAAAUUCGUUUUUGACCCGGCACAACUCUAAGAUUUAAGAUGGUUAAUUAAUCAGUUAGACUUUGUAAUCUUUGUAUUACUUAGCAUUCAAAGUUAUAUACAUGCACCUAAUUAAGUCGACAUGUUAUAUAUCAUAUAUAUAUAUAUAUAUAUAUAUAGGCACUAUUAUAAGCUUUCAAAAUAUUCUAGAAGUGAAGUGUGCCUCAAAAAAGUUUCAAUAUCCUUACAUAAAUAAUGCGGGGGAAAAACGAAAUAGUGAGAAAAUAGUCACUUAUAGUAAAAAAAAAUAAAAUAGAAAACAAAAUGUUUACUGUCGUU